UAAAAGAAGUCUCCUCCAGGAACAGCGAGCAUGAGGCGGAUCUCUCCACGGGGGAGGAGCCUCUCCGGGUAUAAGGCCGGCUCUUCGAGUCUACUCCCCCUUUCUUCCUGAUCUUCUACGCGACUCCUUCUUCCUCGCUUCGGAUCUUCUGCUUCAUCAUGGGCUUCGGUGAUCUCAAAUCUCCCUCCGGGCUCAAGGUGCUCAAUGGGUUCCUGUCGGACCGCAGCUACAUCGAGGGGUACGUCCCGUCGCAGGCGGACGUGGCGGUGUUCGAUUCCCUCCCCGGAGCUCCAUCAGCUGAUCUGGUGCAUGCUCUGCGCUGGUACAACCACAUCCUGUCCUACAGCCAGAGAAACAGCCUCCCAGGUGUAAAGAAACCACUCGGUCAAUACGGCCCCCCAGGAGUGGCCGAUACCACCUCCGGCCCCGCCCCUUCAGCUGCCAAGGUGGAGGACGAUGACGACGACAUCGACUUGUUCGGCUCCGACGAGGAGGAGGACGAGGAGGCGGAGCGUCUGAAGGAGGAGCGCCUGGCUCAGUACGCCGCUAAGAAAUCCAAAAAGCCCACCAUCAUCGCCAAGUCCUCGCUCCUAUUGGACGUGAAGCCCUGGGACGACGAGACGGACAUGAAGCAGCUGGAGGAGCACGUGAGGAGCAUCAAGAUGGACGGGCUGAUCUGGGGACAGUCCAAGCUGUUGCCGGUGGGUUAUGGCAUCAAAAAGCUGCAGAUCAACUGUGUGGUGGAGGACGACAAGGUGGGCACUGACCUGCUGGAGGAGCAGAUCACAGCGUUCGAGGACUUUGUUCAGUCGAUGGACGUCGCUGCCUUCAACAAGAUCUGAUCCAACCUCUUCAAUAAAGUGCUCUUCAUCACAAA